CACUCUUUAGCCGACAUCGCCCGCCAUCGCUUCUUCUCCAGCCCGUCUCCGGGGCCUCGCUCAUUCAUCGUCUCCACCGACUCCUUGUUUUCUUCUAAUUCUUCUUCUCCUCCCUGCAUCUCCCUCUUCUUCUUCUUAUUAUUAUUAUUAUUCUUCGUCGUCGUCUUCGCCUCUCGUAGUAAGCAUGAAGAUGAUCUGCCUAAUCCUGAGUGCGUUGGCAGCCACGGCAGUAGCCGAGCAGCUGCCUCUAAUCCAGCCGGCGGGAUAUCAGAUCCAGACACCGGCCGUGCCCUUUACAGCCGAGGAAGUCUUGGCGCAGCCUUCACAGCAGUACCUGACUCCUGACCUCUCUGCUGUGGCUUCUGCUCCUACUAUCCCUGGUCAGCUUUACGUUGAGCCUUCUGCUGUCGCCGCGCCUGUGCAGCAGACGUACGAACAACCCGACGUAGGUCUAGCUGCUGCUGCUCCUUCUCAGGGCUACCAACAGCCAAUCCAGACUUACGCAGCUCCCGAGUAUCAGGCGCCUGCGCAAUACGACUUCGCCUACACCGUCAGCGCAUAUGACCCAGUGGGCAACAAGGUCGAUUUCGGACACAGUGAACAGAGGAACGAUGCCCAUACCACUGGAAGUUACUACGUCCUGCUACCCGAUAGCCGAGUAAUGCGCGUCGAAUACUAUGUCGACGAGACUGGAUUCCAUCCCACUUACACCUACGAAGGGGAAGCUGUCUACCCCGAAGCCUCUGCAGCUCUAGCAGUGCCCGUGCAGCAGCCAUCACAGCUUUAUUCACAGCCGUCGCAGCUUUAUUCACAGCCAGGAAGAAAGUAGGGAAAAUGGUAAACGCGUAAGUGUGGCAGAGGGAGAAAACGGAGCCACCACGAAACGACGCCGAAGAGCCUCGAGAAGAAGGUUUAGGAUUCGGCGGUGAGGGAGGAAUGUUCCCGAGGGUUACGAGAUAUAAGGUUGCCAAGAAGGAAAUCUGUAGAAGAUAGGAAAGGAGAGAGUUAUUCACAUUGUUAAGGGGAAAGUGUAAGGGCUCAGAGAGAGAGAGAGAGAGAGAGAGAGAGAGAGAGAGAGAUUGAUGUCGGUAUUAGGCCUAAGCUACAAAUGUUCUCAUUCAGGGGCAAAUAAAUUAUCUAAACAUUUUGAAUCAUUCUACGUAAACUGAAUCACGUUUCAAAAUCGGUUAUAAUUUUAAUAGUAAGUCAGUUAUUGCAUUCACCGUCUCAAAGGCGUUACACCGGUAGACGUCACUGUCUACCUGAAGCCGUUAAACCGAUAACCACAGCGCAGUUGGCGAGGAAAUCAAUAGACCAAUAUCAAACGACAUAGCGAUCAUAUCUUUCGAGAGCUAUGUUAAGUGAUCCCGACCGACUUUAAAAAGUAGACUUUAUUCUUUAAGCCUCACUAUCUAUGUAUUAAUUAGAACUGGUCAACCACAUCACUGAUAAGGCCUAAGCCUAAUUGAAAUGUGAUGCCAUACAAGAGAGAGAGAGAGAGAGAGAGAGAGAGAGAUCCUUUGAAUUGACGUGAUACCAAAAAUGUAUGUAAGAUAAGGAGCCACUUACCUUUCCCUUAUAGUCAGAAAGUUUUUCUCCGUCAACAACAAGAAAAAAGAAGAAGAAACAUUUACCUUAGAGUUUAAUGUACAUUUGGCUGCGUUCACUUGUUAUAACAAGUGAAGCAUAACAACUUUCAUAACAUCGUCUUACAUGUUUCCUUCAACCCGCUCAAUUUGUCAGAUCCAAUGAUUAUUUUUCUAUCCUCUUUUGUUUCAUGCGCUUUAAUUGGCAAUUACAUAUGUACUGGUUAUUAUAAAUUAACUAUUAUUAACUGAUUGUGGUUGAUUGAAAAAUAUUGUCUCGGUGAAUAUUUUACCCAAGCUUUUCUGCUUUAUAAUUAGACCUAUAGGCUUACUUGAAAAAAGUACACAUUAUAUCCGUGUGUUUCUGAAACUAUAAGAUAAGAAAUUCUUUUAUAAUUGGAGAUACAUUUUCAUAAAAUACUACGAAAUAUUUUUUUUACUGUGUUGAUCUAUUUGUGAUAUUUUAUCUCGUUAUCUUGUUACGUUUGUAACUUUUAUUGUCUUCAUCUAAUUCUUUCUCCAGUUAUAUUCUUCCUUCUCUCUGAAUAUUUCUGGUCUUAUAUAUUUCUGAUUUAUGCAAUUGAAUCUGUUCUUGACUUUCUAAAUUCCUCUUUCUCUUCACACACUUUCUGCAAUUUUUCUUUUCUUUCCACUUCUCUCAUGUUGUGACGUUUUGACUUUUUUUUUCUAACUCUCUACAUGAGAGAGACCUAAGGAGCCUACCCUGUUAUAGUGACGCCGUGCUGUCGCAGGCGUUGAUAUUUUUUAUAUUUUUUAUAUAACUUUGUAAGUUUUUCUAAAUAAAAGAUAAUGAUUAUGA